ACUUGAACCAUUUUGAACGCAGACGGUACUUUUUAGAAUGACAGACUAUUUUAAUUUGCUUCCCUCUGAAAUAUCUGGACUUGUCCUCGGAUUUUUGCGAGAUAGCAAUUGCGUUGUGGCUGCUGGUGCUUUUCUUCGAGAAAACGUUCACUUGUCUGAGUUUCGUCAUCACUAUGCAUCAGUGAAUGAGAUACCUUUGUAUUUCAGAGAACUAACUCUGUUGGAUAUUAUUCAUGAUUACAUUCAUAUUGUGAAUGAGGUCAUCCCUCAUUUAAAAAAGGCCAAUCUUCCGUGGCAACUGGGGAAUCUAAAUGCUUCCAUAGCACAAUUUUUGCAGUCAUUUCCUGAAGCUUGUUCAUCAAAUUUACGACCGAAAUCAUUUCGUCCUAUUCAUCCUGCUUGGAUGCCUUUAGGAAAAUCCUAUGUACCGCCUAAAAUAAUACCUGCUGAUAAAUCCACUACAGUUCGACCUCCACUUGCUACCGUGAAACCAAAUGUAACAAUAGCUUCAUUACCUAAUAUAAUAAGUUCGAACUCAACUAGUGGGGUAGGUGCUGGUACUGUGUGUUCACUAGAUAAUAAUUCAACUGGUUUAAGAGCCAGUCGACCAGUGUUACGAAUAUAUAGACAACCUUUAGCAGCUAACAGAACAAAUGUAUUCAAUUUUGAUCUGUGUAGCAGUAGCUUUCCAAGUUCCUCAUCUCACCAAACAUCACAGUCUAACAUAGUUGCAUCAAAAUCUAAUGCUAAUCCUAUGCAAUCUAUGGUUCGCUUACAAAACAAGACAAAACGUAUAUCUGAGACAUUACCUACUACUACUGUUACGAAUAACGGUAAUAGUGAUGUUCUAUCCCUGUCAACAUCUUGUAAUUCUGUGAUAUUUCAACAAUCGCCUAUAUUUACAACAUCAGAAGAAACCAUGAAUGAUGCCACUGUUCAAUCUGUAGUUGUGACCAACCAAAACGAAAAUAUUCCUCCACAACAAAUAUGUCUUAAUGCUCAGUCAAGUGAUAUAAGCGAUCAUCAACAGAUUUCUGAUAAUGGUUCAAUAUUUUCGGUGUUUUCGUUGCUACCCCCACCGGCAUCAUCAGAGACGUUAGUUACAGAUAUGGUGAUUCAUCCUGUAAUAACAUGUGAAGAUAAUCUGAAUAAUGCAAAAAGUACUGAUCUUGUUUCAACUAGACGAAGACGUAAUCAACCACCACGUCAGUUAUCACCUGGAUCUGGCGUCGGAAGUACAAUAUUUAGUUUAACUAACAGUUAUGAAGAAGAAUUGGAUAUGGAGCGUUUCUUAUCUGCAUUGUUUAAUAAUGCUGAACAAGUAGCUACACGUAUUAAUGCUGAAGUUGGCAUUUUAACUCGUAAUCCAUUAUCAUAUAAUGAUAAUACUAAUCCUUGUAAUUGGCCUGAAACUACUAAUACUUAUGAGAUUGUUUCUAUUCAACCAUCUAAUAAUAAUGACAAUAAUAAAAUAGUGAAUUGUUCAUUGGAUAAUAAUCAAUCUCACUCAGUCACAACAAAUACUUCUUCAUCAUUAUCAUCUACCAGUGUAAAAUUAUCCACAUCAUUUGUUUGUCAAGAUUUUAAUUCAGAUACUUCAGAUAAUAUGCAAUUAUGGAAUGAUUGGUUUGGUGUAAAGGGUGAUUUAGACACAUGUAUCGAUCAUUUGUUAUCAGAUCUUGAAUCUAUCGAUGUUCUCACAUCCACAGUCAAUACUACAACUGUCACUAAUACUACUUCAACUGUGAGUUCUACGAUUCCCAACCAAAAUAUUAAUAAUACAACAAUAAUUGAAACACUAAUCGAUAUUAAUCAAUGUUCUCAUCAAUCGUCUCCUGUAACAACAACAACAUCAAAUGAUAUUGUUACCUCAGGUCCUAGCAAUGUAUCUCACGAAUUGAUAUUGUCUCCUUCAUCAUCAUUAUCAAACUGUGCAACUAAUAUCACCGUCAAUGAUAGAAUACUAACAAUGCCUAUUACUUCAGCGACAAUAACAAGCACUUCUGACGUAUUUCAUCCUAAUUCACCAAAAUUAUCUUUAUCUACACUAUUAUGUAACAAUACUGAGAACAAUAGUAACAAUGAUGAUGUUAGUAAUAAUAAUAAUAGUAAUAAUAAUAAUAACAAUAAUAAUAAUAAUAAUAAUAAUAAUAAUAAUAAUGGGUCUCUUAUUAUUCCUAGCAUACGUGAUACCAAAUUGAUGAUGAAGACUCCUAUUACAAUUACUACUUCUACGGUUACUAAUCAACAUCUUGUUCAUAAUGACUGUAAGAGGUUGAUUACAUCAUUAUCGUCAUCAUCUUCAUCACCAUUUUGUUUCAGUCAGUUAGUUAAUAAUAAUUCACAAAAUUUUCCAAGUAAACGUCAAUGUAUACGUCAUUCUGGUCAUGUAAAUAAUAUCAAUAAUAGUACUAUGAAUAUUAAUACUAAUAAUAAUUUACCACCAAUUUUAAUUACACCAGAUUCAAAGAAAAAUCAUGUCAAUGAACAGAAUGAUAAAUUAUUUUAUGAAAAUUUGCCAAGUUGUAAAUUGUUUAAAGGAAAUACUAAUAAAGAUUCAUUUCAACAUCAUUCAAAUGAUUCUCAUCUCCAAUCCACUUAUCUAUUAUCAUCACCUUCUUGUUAUUAUUCAAUUCCACAGAAUUCAAAUGCUCAAACUGUAAUUAGUAAUGCUACAAAUACAUGUAUGACAGCAUAUUUAUUAAAUAAUCCUUUAUCAAUUAUUGAUUUGCGUCAAAUUACACAGAAUAAUAAUAAUAAUACGGGUAUAACUAUCACUAAUGACAAUAAUUACAAUAAUCCAAUUACUUUUUAUACAACAAACAAUAAUCAUAAUUUAUUAUCAUCAUCAUCAUCCACAAUUGAGAAUCAUGUUAAUUAUGUUGAUUUAAAUAAUAAUUCUCUGAUAAAUUUGAUACCUGUCAAUUAUAAUUCAAAUUUAACACCAUUUAUUAUGAAUAAUACUUUAAUUAAUACAACAUUAUCUACAAUAACAAUGCCUACCGACAGCAAUAUAACUUCGAAAGCUUUUGUUAAUCUUUCUUGUAAUACUAUUAGUACAUGUACAACUACAACUACUACUACUGCUAGUAGUAGCAGUAGUAGUAGUAGUAAUAAUAAUAACACUGGAUCGACUACUGAUGUUGUUGUCACUGCUGCUGUUAUCACUACUGGUAUAAGUGGUGAUUAUAUACAAACUAUCAAAAUUGGUGAUAAUAAUAGUAAUAGGUGUUAUUCAAAGAGUUCAUUGUUAAUUGAUGCAAAAGAAAAUCGUCCACCAACACCGGCACUUAUUGUUCAACGUGGUGUACGAAAGAAGAUGCCACGGUAAAGCCGUGAAUGGAGUGGGAAGUUAGGUUUCCUUGUCGAAAUGCUCUCGCACGGUCACGCAUAUGCAGCCGCUUUCAGGGAAGUCCUACUCACUACCUUCACGAAGUGGGGGUGUUGUUUAUAUCCGGCGCUUGACUCGGGUUGAUGGACAUGGGGGAUCCAUCUAGGGGAGUUGGAAAACCCUGAUUUCAGAUCAGUGGUUCAUAUGGGCUCCAGUAUCCUGAAGGGAUAAAUGGCCUAUGAACCUAUUGUUGGUUACCGGCUACCAUGGAACAGUAUCUCCUGACAUUGCUCCAUUGCCUUGUGAAUUAGACCUUUAGGUCAAAGGCUUGGAGAGUAGUGGCUCUCUAAUAAAACAAUCUGCUUCAAUUUGGGCACUUGGACAGUAUUCCAUUCCUCACACAAAUCAAAUGACGAAGUUUGGCCCAUAUAUAUUUAGUGCCUCUUUGUACCACUGUCUGUGUCCAAAUGAAUGAAUAACUUGGAAACUAACAUGCUAAAUAAAUAUGACAGGCCAUUAAUCUGUACCGAAUCGGUUCACUUUCAGUCCAGAACUGAUGAGUAACUGCGGUCGUAGUUAAUCAGUUGAAAUUUGUCAAUCAAGAAAUUUCUAUCAAUAGUUAGUUAGUGGUGAAUAAAAGGCCACAUUUAUGGACUAUUGAAAAAAAUUGCAUCACACUCAACAUUUCAUCAGUAGAUAUUUAUCACAUUUUUAAUUUCAUUGUUUAAAACAUUUCUGAAAGUCCUUAGAAGUUAGAUUCUUCAACUCUGUCAUUUACAUAUCGUCUAAGCGUCAUUUCCGCUAAAUUAUUUUACAUUUUAGGAACAGAAUGAAAUAAUAGAGGUUAUAUCUGGUUGGUAGUGGAGAGGGUGUCAUGGUGUGAUCAAAUUAUAAGGUUGAAAAGCUCAGACUAUCACUAAAUCGUCUAGUUGCGUGCAAGCUCUCUAUUGUAUUUUGUGCUUCCCCUGUCAUGUGGAGGUCUACAUAAUCCAGCCAACCACCAGGUGAAAGAGAAUCAGUAAGUUGCCAGCCUUGUCUGCCAGCGGUUCGCACUCAGAAGGCAUCUGCGAGCUGUUAUCCAUGCACGACUUUGCAGUUUGAUUCGUCGUAUGAGUUCCGUACCAUGUUGACGAUUUUCUGAGGUACACCAUAAAGUAGAAGGUUCCAUAAGGUCCCCCUUCAUUCACUGUCAAACGCUUUCUCAUAGUCGAGGAAGUUGAUGUAUGGUAACUAGUUCUAUCCAAUUGAUUGCUCAACGACGAUUGUUCGUGUCGCUAUUUGGUCUAUGCACGACCUAUCCUUACGGAAUCCGGCCAGAUGAUCUUGAAGUUGGGCGUCUGCUGAAUCUUCCAUCUGGUUAAGUAACAAUCUGCUGGAAACGUUUCGUGGUACUGAUAAUUGUUUGAUGCCUCUGUUGCCGAGUUUCCACAUUUUCUCAGAUCUUUCUAUGGUGUCUUGAUGAGGUAUCCUUCUUUUGUAGGUUCAGGGGGACUGACCUAUUCAAGAGUUCUUCAGAGUGCUCUAUCCAUCUGUCCCCGUGAUCUUGAGUUUUAAUGAUUGGCUUGUCUUCUUUAUCCAUGACUGAUCACUCUGUUGGAUCCAUGAGAUUCUCACCCUAAAAGUGUUCUUCGUGCUCUUUGGACUGCAUCAGUGCAACUCGUGUAUGUGAAACAUCUUCCUCUUCGUGGCUAGUGUGCAAUAGCAUCUCUCCCGAAUCUAUUUUUUUCUGUCCAGUUUGUGUGGAGUGGGUUCCAGUCAUUCCGAUAACUGUGAUGUUGUUUCUGAUCGGUCUUCCCUGUCUCCCACAUUGUGCUGACAUUCCAUGUACCUUUGAUAAUUGUUGCUGUGGUUUUUAUAAAGGUAAUCGGCUUCAUGACUUUCGAAGAGUCUGGGCUUUUAUCAUGAGGAGUCAUAAUUCUACUGAAUGAAGAUCCUUCAUCUUCUUGGGAUGAUAGACUAAUACAUAAGCAGUCCGGAAUUGUCCUGGUUCAUAGAUGAGAAUCUUGAAAAGAUGGUGUCAUUCAUCGGUCGCGUAUCUGCAGCGAUUCUCUCUUUAAUAAUGUGAGUGUUUAUUCAUCAUAACAGCAUAUGGUCGUGGUUAGUUUUUGUCAAGCAGUAACUCGUUCACUAUACAUUUAUUGGAUGUUGAUUGAUCUAGUGAAAAUAGAGGUUGUGAGUUGUUGACAGUAGAGGAUGUUUGUGCUAAUUUUAGUGUUCUCGUGGUGUUAGUAUGUUUUUGUUGUUGCUGUUGCGGAUAUUAUGAUUGUAGUUGAGCUUUAUCAGUUGCGAACAUGUGUAGUUUGAGUGUUGUGAUGUGUUAUAAGUAGGUAGGUAUAUAUGGAAUCUCUGGGUAGUCCCUGUGGCGCAGUUGAGAGUGCGUUUAUGCUUGAAUAGAGUCCAAUAAAUUCUCUUACAUGCAACCCUUUAUUCAUCAUUCUAUCCGUUAAUUCACACUGGAAAGUUUGUCUUGGAACAAUGUGAGAUGUAUCUUGAUAUUUUGCCAAAGUAACAAUGAGUGUUUUGAGUUAGUUGAUGUGUUCGCCUGUUUUUUAGAUUUAGAAUCAUUGAUGAGUUAUAUUGAUAUUGAAAAAUGAACUUUGUUUGUGUACUUUCUGGUUAAGGUUUAGCAUUACACUACCGCUUAUCAUAAUGCAAUCCGAAAACAAUCCAUUGUACAUCAGUAAUCUCAUUUAAAUUAGACGGCAAUAAUGAAACAUGGCUCUUGAAGGUAAAUGAAAUAAGAGUAACUUAUUUAUUUCAUAGAGAAUAUCUUGGGAAGUCUGUUGGUUUUUGUGUUAUAUAAGUAAUAAUCUCAACGAUUUCGUUGAAAGAUCUUGAUUCAGAUUUCUGUGAGACGAGUUGGGCUAUUCGAUUUCAUUGUAUGAGAUGUUUUCAAACACAGUUUUAUCCAUAAGUAGUUAAGAUGUUGUAUAUAUUUCCAGAGAGAAUGUAGGCAAUUUGCAUAGGAUGAUCAGGUUAGGGUAUAAUUUAGGCAUGAAGUAACCAUAGUACUAAUAGAUAUAAUCUUGCCUAUUUAUUGGGUUACUUGAAGAUUGAUAGAAAUGGCCAACUUAGAAGUGAAGAUAAAAAGCAGUUAAGCCAAAAAACAGAAAUUUUUGAUCUCACAAAGUAUUUCCAUUACCGUUUCUUCGUAAGCUGAAUGAGAUUACCGUAUAUUUUGUGCCAACUGUUGAGUUUAAAUUUUAGUUCAGUUCAGUGAAUCGCUUUAUUCUAUAAUAUCCAUAAGUCAUCUUCAAUUUCUGAAUGCCUAAAUUUUAUAACAAUUCCCUUAAAAUUACAAGCUUUGCAAUCAAAAAUGAGUAGUGGCUAGCAGUGGAAUCCAAAACGCACGUUUCGUCUGGUUUGGGACUAUUCAGCUGGAUAUACCUGUAUAUCAGAGUUGACGUUCACUCCGUGACUUUAACGCAGUACCUUUUGCUCCAAACGCCAUUGCGUUAUCCACUUAGCUGUGUAUGAAAGAGAAAAUGGUCAUUUUGAUUUAUUAUUUCCACAUGUAAACUCAACAACAGCCUACUGUGGAAGAGAACAAAACACCUUCCUGCUGAAUAGGAAAUUAAGAAAAGACAAUGGAAAUGGAUAGGACAUACAUUACGGAAAUCACCAAACUGCAUCACGAGACAAGCCCUAACUUGUAAUUCUGAAAGGAAGCGGAAAAGCGAAAGGCCAAAGAUGACAUUAUGUCGAUAAAUAGAAGCAGAUAUGAAAAGAAUGAAUAACAACUGAAACGAACUGGAGAGGAUCGCCUAGGACAGGAUUGGAUGGAGUGUGAUGUUGAUCAGUCUAUGCUCCUCCACGAGGAGUAAUAGGCGUAAGAAUGUAAGUAACAUGUAAACUCAACGUUUGAUUAUAUAAAUCUCUGUAAGUUUACACAUUGUAUAUUUAAAGUAGACUAGUUAUCUCGUUGAUCAUUGUAUUGUUUUUUAUUUUGUUUUCCACUGACUAUUAUUUCUAUUUCUAUUCUAUGAAAUUUUGGUCAAUCAACAAUGGUAUUGAAUUAGUAAACAAUAUUUUACAACGGUUGUUUUUUUAUUCUCUUAAGAUUUGUUUUCUUUUAUUUUUCUUUUCAUAAAACUAACUGUUGAAUACUUGAUUAUGGGAAAAAAAGUUUUAUAUAACUUGGGAAUAGCUAGUGAAUAUAUAUAUAUAUAUAUAUAUA